AUGUUCCAGUUCACUCCAUCAUCUACUCCUCAUUCAGGUUCGUUCUAUUCUGUAACUCAGAAUCAUGUUCGACAGAAUAAUGCAAACGUCAAUCAUAUAAACUACAAUAACUCCAAUUUUCAUCCCAUUACAAACUCUAAUGCAAACACCAACACUGCCCCCAGAAGCUUUAAUAGCUAUUUGGGAAUUCCAACAUUAUUGAAUAGUGGUACCAAUUUACUAACUGAUUACCAUAGCCAACAUCUACUUAAGACUAGUAUAAGAAACAUACGAAACCGUGACAGUAAAAGCUAUGCUACACCAAAAAGUAUCGCUUUAUCUUUAAAAGACUUACCGCUUGAGCAUUAUGCCAAAAUUGUUCACGAAACAGAAAAAAGGUCAGAAGAACUUGAUCCUACUUUACACUCGAAAUCUGUAAUCCAGGCUACAGAACACUCUAGGGAGCGAGAGAAGCAAGUAUUUGCGUUAAUAUGGCUACUUCAAAACUGUUCUAAUAGUGACCCUAACUCAUUUGUACCUAGAGGGUUAAUCUUUGAACAAUAUUCCAUUGCUUGCAGGCAAUUCGAUUUAAAACCACUUUCGCAGGCUACGUUGGGUAAGUUGAUUCGUACCAUUUUCUCAAAUCUAAAGACUAGAAGGUUAGGCAUGCGUGGCCAAUCGAAAUACCACUAUUGUGGACUAAGAUUGCUAAAAAUAGUUACACCAGCACAACAAGAGAACAAUAUCAUUGAAACCAAGAGCCUGAUUGGAAACAGUUUAGAUAGCGAAAGCGGCGAGUUAUCGGUGGCUAACAAUAAACUGUCUACCAAAUUAGUUUGCUCUUCAAACGUCGACGAUCCACUUAACGCUGUGAAGGAAAAAAAUAUCAACAUUUCAAAAAUCAGAAAACUCAGACAAGCAUGUUUACUGUAUUGUGAUAACAGUUUUGUGAAUGAGGAGAAUAGCAUUUUAUUGUAUGAGACAGCUUUUCCGGCAAUUUUUGAUAUUAUCAGCGCGGAUGUCUUUGAUAAGGAAGAAACUAAAUUGCUAGAGAGGUUUGAACCGCUUUACAAGAACUAUUGUAAUCUAUUCAUCAACAAUUUCAGGCUUAUGAAGAUUGAAAAUCUUGUUGUUAUUUAUCAAAUGACAGAUCUCUGUAGGGAUUAUCACUUUGAUAUUAAUACUUUUCUAAACCUUCUAACAAAUAACUCAAGUGUCAAGCGGUGGACAAAUAUUGUUGACACGAUAAUGUUUACUAAUAUUCUAAAAUGGAUUAUGAAGUUUUUCAGAUUGAAUGGUUUAGAUGCAGAAAAAAAUGAAGAACUUAAAAUCUUUUGUGUGUUUUAUGAAAAAUUGAAAACUCACUUUUUUAGCUGUGAGAAAAAUGAUGAUCUUAUUAUUUCUCAUAAGCAAAUGAUUUUCUCGAACUUUUUCAUGAUUACUGAUACAAUAUUGCGCAAAUUCAAGUUUCUCUCUUAUGUCCAAGAGAAUUUGGGAUACCAUCAAACUGAAAUGCAACAGGACUGGAAUCAAUGCAUAGACCUGAAAACAGUGAUACCGUUCAUCGAACCUCAAUCCAUUUUAGAUCCUACGUUCAAAUCUGCACUUUUGAAUCGGUUGGAAAGACAAGUGAAAUUCAUUGUGGACCCUAAGUUUUCAUUAUCAUCACUUAUAAGCAGCUUAGGACAGACAGUACAUACAUCUAUGAAGGAAUACUAUGGCAAUCCUGAAGUAUUGAAAGCCAUCCAGCAUUUAGUGCAUAGCUAUUUUGAUGUUAUUUCUGGUGAUUUGUGCUUGAAAUGUCCACGUAAUCUCCAGUUAUGGACUGCUUUAAUCCAGGUCAUUACUCUUUCCAUCAAAAUCUGUAACCAAAUGAAUUAUAUGGUGCAUGAAAACUGCAAAUAA